GUGUGGACACGACUCUUCUCCAAGUGGCUUUGCAUCUGAGGCAGUGGUGCCUGCAGGUGGCUUGGCACAGUUCUCCAACUAAGCAGGAGCUCUGCUUCUCUUUGGGAGGGGCGCGGGUGCCUUGGGAACGGAGUCUGGAAUGUGAUGGAGGCCAAGAGGGUCGCGGGAACGGGUCCCUAGCUGCUGUGCUGCGCAUGUGCAGUUCAUCUUCAUUGUUCGCUCCCGCGUCCUGCUGCGCUCGGAGGAAACCCUCAGAUCCUCAGGGUCCAAGCGUCGCUCAGAGACCCGGUACCCAAGUCAGGCGCGCCCACCGUCAGGUUCAAAGUUCUCUGGAUCACAGAUCGUGUGAAGAAAAAGAAGAGCACACAGAAGCAGGACUCUCCCCACGGGAGACCCCUCUUCUCUUGAGUGCAGCUGAAGGGCGGAAGCCCAAGAAAGAGGCAGAGUCCACAUUCAGCUCGAGAAGCGCCUGCUGAGCCUUGUGCUGGGAAACGUCCUAUCACUAGACACCUGUCCAGCGGCAGCAGCGUGGGCCGGCUUCCAAGAGAAGGAGCCUCUGCAGCUCUCCAGGAACAGACGGACAUGACCACAACCCAGGGGCAAGUGUUGUUCAGAGAUGUGUCUGUGACCUUCACUCAGAAGGAGUGGCAGUUGCUGGAUGCUGCCCAGAGGCGCCUGUACAGGGAGGUGAUGCUCGAGACCUACAAGCACCUGCAAGCAGUGGGGUGCGAUGUGACCAAACCUGAGCUGAUCUGCAAGUUGGAACAGGGAGACGUUCCUUGGGAACUUCCAGGUGGCAGCCUCUCAGAAGUCUGGAGGGCCGACUGCAUGACAACAAGUGAGGAAAACGAAGACAAAUAUUUGAGUCAAGUUUUAUUUGUCAACAACAAAGCACUAACUAAGAAAAGAAGCAAGGCUCUAAAGGAAACAGUUUAUCAGGCCACAGACUCGGUGGCCUCAAGAGAAGUGCACUGUAAGUGUCGCUCAACAGAAACAAGCUUGGAAAAUGUUGCAGGAUUAACUACUGAUAACAAAAACUAUGCAACAAAAAAGUUUGAUGGUUUAGGUGGGUCUCGGUCCCUUGGUACUAAGUGUGAAAAAACUCCUAUAGGAUGCAAAACCUGUGAAAGUGAGCAAAGGGAGAGAUCCCACCGUCCUGUCGAGGACCUCACUCAACAUCAGAAGACCUUGCAUUUGGAAAAACUUCCUGAACAUAAAAAUUGUGGGAAGAACUCACACAGAAAGACAGCCUCUGUUAUACACGAGGCUGUCCACACAGGACAGGAGCCCUCUCAGGAUAGUAAAUGCAUGCAAGCCACUGCUCACAAGAUCAGGUUCCAGUCUUUUCUAAGAACCCUUAGAGAAAGGAAGGCACAAGAGGCCAGCAAAUGUGGGAAAUCCUCAUGCAUGAAGUCAAAACAUGAACAUCCAAGAGCUCAUAUAAGAGAAAAACACUGUGAAUGUGAUAUGCUUGAGAAGUCCUUUAGUGAGAAAUCAGGUCUUACCAGACAGGGGAGAAUGCAACCAGGAGGAAAGCCUGAUGGAUGUAAUGUAAGUGAGAGAGCCUUAAGAAACUCACCCCACAUCCAAAGUGAGAAAAUUCAUGUGGGAGAAAAGACCCAUGGCUGUGGGAAAUGUGGGGGAACCCUUCACAGAAAUACAGGCCUUACUCAGAACCAGACAACUUGCACAAAAGAAAGACCUAAGUGUGCCAACAGCCAAACAGCCUUAAAGAAGUCGCGUCUGACCCUAAAUCAGAGAACUAGCUCAAGAGGAAAAAGCCACAAAGGAAAUGAGUGUGAGAAAUCCCCAGCCCCCUCCCUCAGGGGAUCGAAAAGCUCUCGACAUCAGAGACCAUCGUCCUCCGUGGAGGAGAAACCCGACGAGUGUGAGGAAGGCGAGAAGUCACCUCUUGGUGAAAAUCAGAGUGCUUGCAAAGAACAGAAAGCCUGUGAGUGUCGCAAAUGUGAGGAAGGCUGUCCCAAGAAAGCGGGUCUUGCUCAACAUCAGAGCUCAAACCCGGGGAAAAAACCCUAUGCGUGCAAGGAAUGUGACAAAUCCUUCAUGGUGAAGUCAAACCUCACUGAACACCAGAGAACUCACACUGGAGAGAAACCGUAUGAAUGCAAAGAGUGUGGGAAAGCCUUCUGCCAAAAAUCUGCCCUCAAAGUCCACCAGAGAACUCACACAGGAGAGAAGCCGUACAAAUGCGAUGAAUGUGGGAAAUCCUUCUGCGUGAAAUCGAACCUUACGCAGCACCAAAGGACCCACACAGGAGAGAAGCCGUACAAAUGCAGUGAGUGCUGGAGAUCCUUCUGUGUCAAGUCCAACCUUGUUGUGCAUCAGAGAACUCACACCGGAGAAAAACCCUACAAAUGUCCCGAGUGUGAGAAAACCUUCUACGAGAAAUCUGCCCUCACAAAACAUCAGCGGAUUCACACAGGGGAAAAACCCUAUGAAUGUAAUGAAUGCAGAAAAAACUUCAGCCAGAGGUCAGCCCUCACCAAGCACCAGAGAAAAACACACAAGAAGAAAGCGUCCACCAGGAGCCUUCACGGGCAGAUACCAGAAUCAACAAGCAAAGCUCAUUGAACAUCAACAAAAUCCAAGAGUGGGGGUGCUACCAUGACAACGAGUGUAGGAAAGUAUUCACUAACAGGUUAUUGGGGAAAGAAACUAGAGAUUUAAUGUAGGAUUGAAAACAUAACAAUAUUUCAAACAUGGGAAUGCUUCCAACAGGUAUUCGAUGUUGUUGAUGGAAAAAUAUAUAAUUUUAAUGACUAUGGAGAAAAAUGUCCUUGUGGAAAUACUGUCUAACUAGAAGUUAUAUUUCAGAUAUGAUGUGAAACUCAUUACAUGACAGAUAACAGAACGCCAUCUGUUCUUAACAGAAAAUGAAAUAUGGAUCUUUCAUAACAAGGAUAAUUUAGGUUGCUGAUUCAGUUGUAAUAAACAGCCAUCUUUUGCCUACCCAUCUUGAUUUUCUUCACCGGAUUCUCUCCUUUGCUUCUCAGAAGUUUAUUUAAUUUUUUCCAUAGUAAAGAGGACACUGACCAAGAAAAAAGAACCACAGUGGAAAAGACCAAAAAAGCAAAGCAAAACAAACAAACAAAAAACGUAUAGGAAUCUAAGCAUUGGAAGUGAAAUGAUGCCAGGAACAGCUAACGGAAGCAGCAUGAACAAGAAAUCUCUACGUUAAAGAUGGGGUCAUUGAAUGCUGAGUUAAAAACUAUGUCCAGGAGCCAGAAAGUUGGCUCAGUAGUAAAGGUUCUUGCUACAUAAGCCUGAUGACCCCAGUUUGACUCCUGGAAGCCAUGUAAAGGUGGAAUGAGAGAACUGACUCCACACAGUUGUCCUCUGACCCCAAACACGCACUGUACCACACACAU